AUGUCUCAUGACCCCGACAAGCCGCAACAACCUGUUGCCAAGAUGUGCACUCACUGGAAGGCCAAGCGCGAGGACUGCGGCCACACCGUCUACCGAUGGGAAGUCCGUUGCCAGGAGGCACGCAUCAAAAAGAAGGCGUGCAAGGCCUGGACCUAUCGGACCGAGUGGGAGAUGGGCCUCUGCAACGAGUGCCUCACUGAGAACCGCUACGUCUGGAAGUCGUCUUACGCUUAA